CCUUGAGCCACCGCCAACGCGGCCCGGACUCCGUCGGGUGGUGGGAGAUCGCGGCACUAAAAAUAAUGUCCGGAGGGGCAACCUCGUCGCUCGCAGCAGCCACCACCCGGCGGCCCGCUUGCCCUGCCAAGCCGGGCGAAGAAAAGAAACGCUCUUCCGGGCCCUCGGCGAGCUGGGCUCCCCAUUUCGAGCGAACCGACUGGACGCCCAAGCAGUGCGUAAUGGCGGGGAGUGCGAUAACAGUCCGCCUGGCCGGAGGCAGCCCCUGGGGUUUCCGGCUGCAAGGGGGAAGAGGCACUGGGCAGCCCCUGACCAUCACCAAGACGCGGCGCAAGAGUAAAGCCUACCAAGUGCUCCUCGAAGGCGACCAGCUGAUCCGCAUCAAUGGGCAGCCGUGCGAUAACCUGAGCCACGAUGAAGCCAUGGCUAUUGUCGAGUCUGGCUGCCCCGAGUUGGUCAUCGAAGUGCGCAGGGGAUACGAGCAGAACAAGGAGAACGAGGACAAGCCGAAAGACAACCCGCACCCAAAGACCGAAACACAAGCCGCCGCAGCCGCGGCUCCAGUUUGGACAGCACCGACCGGAAGCUCAUUCUUUCCAAAGAUCUCUCCGACCGGAAGUAGCGCCUUUUCGAAGGGCCUGCUGACCAGUACGAGCGCUCUUCCGAGGACCGGCCCGAGCCUGAAGGGACCGCUCAGUGACCUGGGGAACAUCCCGAGGCCUUUCGUGCCCUUUCAGGACAAGAGUCCCGACACCAUGCGCGAGGUGAAGAGCUCGGUGGAGCAUAUCAAGGAUCCCCUCACGGGCAUCACUAAGGAAGUCCGCACUACAAUCGAGAAGGAGUCCCAGGAGACGCCUUCAUCGCUCUACCGGAGUGUGACGGAGACGAAGAAGGAGACCUCGCAGCUUCCGUCGGGUGGGUCGCUGCUCUCCACAACCACGACGGUGACAAACCGUUCGACCAGCACUAGCAGCGGCACGACCAAGAAAGCCCCACCACCGACGGCGCCCAAGCCCAAGCUUAAGCUCAACACUGAGCUAGCUUCAGACGUAGCCCGUUUCGGCUUUCCUCCCGACAGGCCCUGCUCCAGUGCCAGCGAAGCCAGUGGGCAGCCGGCGCAACAGGCCGGAGGUUCGCAGGACAGUCCGCUGCUGAGUCCUACGGGGCUCCUGCUGCUGCCUAAGUUCUACGAGCCGCCUGCGCAGAACUCCACAAUGGACGUGCACCCGCUCAGCCUCCACAGAAAAAAAACUUUCUCUUCAUCGAGCUUCUACGAGGAACCUAACUGCAUUUACCCCACGGUAGAAGAACAAGUAGAGCUAGCUCGCAAAAUCGCAGAUUCUCUUUCGGCGGACACCAACCGGAAAUCUCGGGGCGCUAACAUGUUCUUCAAGAGGGUCAAACGCUCCCACAAGUGGGUUCAUGAAGCUCCCGACUACUCAGACUCUGAGGCGACUCUGUCUGGCACAGAAACGUCCAGGGAGGAACUUGCAACGCCAGAUCCAGCGACUGUGCCGUACAAGAUAAGCAAGGGUCCCCCGAAGCUGAAACUUAUCCUAGACCCAAGACACUUACAAGACGCCAACACGCUGCGCUCGACGGGUAUCAGCAUCGUCGAGCACAACGCCAUCAGUCCGGAGGUAUGCCUCGAUCUGGUAAAAGACCUGAACUCGCCGUGCGGCAAGGGAGCCGCCAUGUUCGCCAAGCGCAAGAAGAAGUCUGAGGACUGGGUGGUGGACGUGGAGCGCGUCAAAGCCCAGCUGGGAGACCGCUGGCCGGAGCCGCACCAGCCGGUGGCUCCUAUACGUACUCCCAUCAAGACGCCCGUAGACCGCUUCAAGGAGUCGCUGGUCAACCCCCGGCUCAGGCUUGUCAAGAGUCCCUGGGAGGCGGCCCUUGAGUCUCCCAUCGGCAGCUGCGAGAAAGCUUUCGCCAUGGUGCGCCCCGAAGAGGUCGUCGAAAGUGUGAUCCGUGCCGCUGAAUCGAAGGGGGUCCCCGAGCCGGCUGCCUACCAAAACGGGCUGUCUGGCGCCUAUGAGCCAGCCGCCUACGAGCCGCGGCCGUUCGCCGCCCCUUACAAUCCAAAAGACCCGUGCUUGGCCAGGGCUCCUCGGGGCUGGCGGGGCACCGCCACGCAGCCCGCUCCCGAGCCCAGCGGCGGCUCCUGGCCCAGCGCCGGUGGCAGCGCUGCCCCGUCUGAGAGCGUGAGUCCUUGCCCGCCGCUACAUACCGGCGGAGCCGUCCAGCCCAGCGCCCUGAGCCCACUUCCCGCAUUCGGAUCACCGGCUCCGAGCAGCAUCAAUCUGUCCCAGUUCCAGAACUUCAACAGCCUGCCGAGGUCAUGGUCGCCGCGCUGCUCCAGCCAAGCCUCGUUUCGACCAGUGAAGGCCCCCACCUUCUACGCCCGCUAAUGCCAUGGCCGUAGCUGGAGAGGCCAGUGUCGAAGUCAGGCUGUCAUUUGCCGGCUCAGCAGGAACGCCGCCCACUCAUGCCCUUGCUUAGAAACCAUAAAGGACCGCAGACAGCCGGGAAUACCUUAGAAA